AUGAGCCUCUUCCCUGUGAUUGGCACAUACGUGCCGGAAGCAGCCAAUGGGGUGCAUACACCAGACUCCCCUGGAUCCUGCAGUGAGAAUGGCCCGCACACCCACGGCCCUACUACCCCCUCGCAGCUCCUGAAGUUUGGGGGCAGGGUGCCCUGUUCUGGGCACGGAUACCUCGAUGGGACCCCUGGAGAGACUGAGAACUGUGUGGAUGGGGAGAAAGCAUGCGAUGUACAAGAAGACCCCAUAGACACUCCUCACAACUACAUGUCCCAUUCGGACAAACAACUCAAAAACACGCUCCUAGCACAGCUCUCCCUCCCCACUGCCACAUGCACGGCAGACACAAACCCACACGCGCCCCCUCAAGACAUGUCCCUCACUGGACCCCCCCAAACAGAUGAGCCACUAAAUGAGGUUCUGUCUGGAGACUCACAGAACACCACCACAGCAACAGGCAUUCCAUCCAAAGACACAGCCCCACAUAGGGACACUCCCAGUGCAGACAAACAUCAGUCAGAGACAGAACACACAGAGCCUCGUAGCUGCUGUUCUGUAGAAACAGAGGAGCAGGAGGAGGAAAAGCAGGAUGAGGAGGAGCGAGAGGAGCAGCAUGCAGGAAACACCCAGGAUGAAGUCACAGCUGAGGUGAGUCUGCCAUACUGACCGCUACUGCCCCUGUACAUAAUCGUUAACGUUGAAGUGCCAGAGUCAACAGCUCAAGAAUAGAAUAUAGUACUUUAUCCAUUGUGACGUGGAUUUUUUUUGUUUUUGUAUAGAUUUCUACCACCUGCAAUAGUGAGGAUAUGCAUGUGUAUUGUUCAUACGUCUGGUCCCGGUAUGUAAGACUGCCUCUUCCCCUCAGUUUACAGAGGAGCCCUCGGCAGCAUCACCUGGCCCCAGCUCUGCCCCAGCCGAGGGGGAGUCAUCAGACAGCAGCCCCUGCCCGCCCCACGUCAUGGCCCAGGUACACGUGCGGAACGUCCCCGAGCGGGAGCGCAUCGUCCGGGGCAUGCAGGACAGCAAGAGUCUGGAUGAGAUCAGCCAGGCGUGCGGCGGAGUGGCCCGAGGCGUGGGCCGGGGGGGCCAACCAGAGGGCCGCAGGGCCACCAUCUCCUCUGCCCUGGAGCUGGAGGGAACAGUCAGCCACGACGGGGACCUGACCCACUUCAUCUGCCGCAACCUGGAGCAGAAGAUCAAGAUGAGCUCCAAGCCCAGCCUGGACUGUGACUGUGAAUGUGAGUAUAGCACCGGAGGACUGCAGGGAUCGGAUAGUUAUUCACCUGGGUCGUAUUCAUUAGGCACCAAACAGAAGAUAACUGACUAAAACAGGGAGAGACCACCUGAACUUGUCCAGUAAGAAACGCUUGUUUUCUUUUUCUGUUGUGUAACAUUUUGCUCCUUUGUGAUUAGAUUAGCACCCUCAGGAAGGGUGGGAGGACGGAUGAGUCACAGAGCACUGCUUGGAUGAGGGAGGCUGAUUUGCUUUGUAGACUGUCAAGAUAAGGUAGUAAUUUCCUGUGUGUGUUUUUCUGUCUCUCUCUUUCUGUGUCCAGCGGACUGCUCGGGUUCCAUCAGUAGCAGAGGUCGGGGGUCGUCGUUGCGGCAGCCGGCAGACAUCCCUCCCAUUGACCCUGCUGUCCUGGUGGACCUGCAGAGACACACUCAGGAUGUUGCCCACAGUGUGGAGCUGAUGAUGCGCAGCCUCAACGGAACCAUCCAGAACGUACGUGAGCUCAGUUUGUUCACACAUACCAUUUUGAUCUCCGCUCAACUAUCCUUUUAGUCCUGCUCUGCUAUACAUUCCUUAUUGUAAUGCUCUUAUUGUAAAUUACCUGAUAUUAAGGGUCUACUAUGUUAUAUACACUGAGUGUACAAAACAUUAAGAACACCUGCUCUUUCCAUGACAGACUGGUGAAUCCAGGUGAAAGCUAUGAUCCAUUAUUAAUGUAACCUGUUAAAUCUACUUCAAUCAGUGUAGAUGAAGGGGAGGAGACAGGUUAAAGAAAGGUUUUUAAGUCUUGAGACAAUUAAGACAUGGAUUGUGUAUCUGUGCCAUUCAGAGGGUGAAUGGGCAAGACAAAAUAUUUAAGUGCCUUUGGUAGUAGGUGCCAGGCGCACCGGUUUGAGUGUGUCAAGAACUGCAACACUGCUGGGUUUUUCACGCUUAACAGUUUCCCAUGUGUAUCAAGAAUGGUCCACCACCCAAAGGACAUCCAGCCAACUUGACAACUGUGGGAAGCAUUGGAGUCAACAUGGGCCAGCAUCCCUGUAGAACGCUUUCGACACCUUGUAGAGUCCAUGCCCUUACGAAUUGAGGCUGUUUUGAGGUUAAAAGGGGAACCAACUCAAUAUUAGGAAGGUGUUCCUAAUGUUUGUACACUCAGUGUAUGUCUUUAUCGGUGGCGCAGUGCUAGCUGUGCCACUAGAGAUCCUGGUUCGAAUCCAGGCUCUGUCGUAGCCGGCCGCGACCGCGAGACCCAUGGGGCGGCGCACAAUUGGCCAAGCGUCAUCCAGGGUAGGGGAGGGAAUGGCCGGCAGGGAUGUAGCUCAGUUGGUAGAGCAUGGUAUUUGCAACGCCAGGGUUGUGGGUUCGAUUCCCACGGGGGGCCAGUAUGAAAAAAAUAAAAAAAAUGUGUGCACUCACUAACUGUAAGUCGCUCUGGAAUGACUAAAAUGUACAAAAAAUUUUUUGUGUGUGUCCAGAUGACCGCGCUGAGUGUGGGAUACAUCCAAACCUACAGAGACUCAGUGGACAGCCUGGGGGAGUCUGUGGACAUGAGCAUAAAGGUGAGAGAAGAGAGAGCUUGGCUAGACAUGAGGAGGUAUAUGAUGAUCAAUGGCAAUCAUGGAUGCUUGUUGUGGCAUUAGUAUAUGAUGUGUGUUCACUUCCUCCAUGUAUUCAAUCGUUUGUGUGUUCAUAGGGAAUGUACACGCUGAUGGCGCGCUGUGAGGAGCUGGAUCGCUCCAUGCAGCCCAUCCACAUCCUGGCUGCCCAGAUCCGGGACAUCAAGCGCACCCUGGACGCCCUGGAAGCCAUCUGCAAGUAGCCCCUCCCCCCUGGAGACCCCUCUCCCCCAGAGACCCUCGUCCACUGCAGACAC